AUGGCAUCCACCAUCAUCGUCGCGCGCCAACCGCAGGUUCAGGCGCUCUCAGUAUUCAGGAUCGGGGAGCUCUGCGACCUCGUCGUGGAUCAGCUGAGGGCAUUGGAUGUUCUUCGCGUGUCCCGAGUGUCAAAAGAACUUGCUGUGAUCAUCCAGGGGUCGAAGAGCGCCCAGAAGAAGCUGUUCUUGUUGGCAGAUCACAAGGGCGAUAUCAACGCACCGACAGUCAACACCAAGCUCUUCCACGCCAUCCGCGGAAAGUUCAUCACGCGCAUCCCUGGCGUAUCACCUCUGCAUGAGCCUCGUCAGCGCACGCUCGGGAUUGGAGACAAGGAGAAGCUCUGCGCGUUUCCAUACUCGAGCAUGACGUGCUUGAGCUUCCGCCUCACCAGCCCCGUCGACAAGAGCAGCUCGUGCAGCGACAUGUUCCUGACCCAACCGCCUGUGACCACAGCAACACUGAGCAUUUGCACGGCGCGCCGCGACGAGCCUGGCAGCGGGAGAUGGGGGGAGAAAAUUCUGAAGGACGUCGGUGGCAUCAAGUUCAAGCACGUGGCCGCCGCCAUUGCUGAACACCGAGCCACGCUGAAAGAUGAGGAGUACUUGGACCCGGUGAUGACCCAUGUGGAGCUCUAUCACCUUCCUUACGACCCGGACUGCUUCAAGUAUCUGGGACUGAGCUCAGCUAGGGCCGUGAAGAGGAUGAUGGGACGAAGACGUGAGGCGUGA